UUUGUAUACGUGAUUUUCAAUUUCUGGAAUUCAUGAAAGGUGUACAUAUAUAUUUCUUUCAAUGAUAAUCAAACAUACUGUUCUCUUCUUUUCAUGAUAAAACACUUUACAAAGGGUUUUAACUUUCCUCAUUGCUUAUGUUUGGCACUGCAGUUGACCAGUCUCUGUUGUCAUAUGUAUAUCUCGAUCGGAUUGUCUUGAUAUAAACUUUUGUCACUAGUUUUAGUAAUAUUUAUCUUUUGGCUAGAAUUGAAAUCUGAUACACGUGUUUUGUCCUAUGUUGGGCUCGUCAGAUGGAUACACCUGCAUGUAGUUGGUGUUGAUGUUCAUACUGAAAACUGAACUUCAUCGCCUUAAACGCCAAUGCUUUAUCCAUUGAGCUAAUGUGUGCAGAUACCCACCAACGUUAGUAAGUGUUAGUAAGUGAAAGUACAAAUUUAUAUAUACUGUUAAAAUUGUUUAGAAUUUGUCUUAUUCCGCAUGAAAAAAGCAAAUAAAAAUGGUGUUAUUUUAAAUCUUAAUGAUGUCAUAUUGUGUAUUUGUAUGCAUACAGAGUACCGUGAAUAUGCCCAAUUAUGAUACUGCCACUGUUCAAUUGGCAUCUGGAGAAAAUCCAGUGUAUUUAGAUGGUGGUGGACUCACGGGAUCUAGAAAUGCGCCCAUACCUUCUGAUAAUAAUCAAAUGAUUUCUGUCAAUACAUCAAAUUCACUGGCUUUUCUAAGUGGUACUACUAACCCACCACUACCAUCAACAACAGGACGUGAUCCUGCUCAAACAAGGACACAUCCGAUUCGUUCUGUUUCUGAGACUGUUAGUUUAAAACGUACUACAUCCGAGGCUAGUUUAACUUCUCAUCUUACAUCAAUCGAUAUUGUAGAUCCGCAUAAUAAUAAUGGUAAUACUGCUGGCGCCGAUUUAUUAGACGAUGAAAUGAAAGCUGAUAUUCAAUUAAUUAUUCGUAAAGAAAUGUCAAGACCACAAUAUAAAAAAGAUUUCUUUUAUAUUGGUCCAGUUCGUCAAGUUGUUGACUCAUCAGCGUUAUCAUCAAAACAAUUACCAAUCAGUCAUAAAUUUAGUAUUAAUUUACCGAUAUUACCAGCGACAGCUGUAGAUAAUCGUCCGAAUCGUUCAUCAACUACAGCAUUUCGUUUACCGUCAACGGUUAUACAUCCGGAUGUUAAACAACAACCAGAGCAUUGUAGUCAGACAAAUUUAAGUAUUGCUAAUUCAAGUAAUUUGUUUACUAAUCAAUUUAUACCACCAGCUCCAUGCCCAUCUAUUCCGCUAAACAAUCAACAAUCUAUUGUACAUAAUGUUCCUUUGAGUGGCCUACCUCAACUCUCUAUUCCAUUGGGUAGCAACAUAAAUCAGCAUGGAGCAAAUAUAAAUUCAGAUAGAAUUGAUUCUAUAGGAUACGUAAAUAAUACAGAGAAUUUAGAAAGUUCUGCAGCUCCUGUAUCUAAUCAACUUGGUCUUAGUCAAAAAAUUGACUAUGAUGGAAGCACAAUAACCAAUGCUGGUUUACAACGUCAACAACUACAAGAAGAACUCAUAGAUUACGGAGUGGAUAUUGGUGAUGAUGGUGAUGUUGGUGUUGUUGAAUUAGGAUUAGACGAUAUUGAUAUUGAAGAAGAGGAUGAUAAUCGUGAUACAAUUCUGAUUAAUGAUGACGAGGAAGCUGUCUAUACACGUUGUCCAAAAUGUUUUGAUAAUUGUAUCAGAUUAUUUGGUAGUGCACUAUUCUGUUGUUCGACAUAUAGUCCAAUUGGUAUAUUUAUGCAAGAUUUAUUAUCACCGAAAUUGUUGUCCAAUAUUACAUUCUUAUUUUUUCUUUUCUCAAGUAUGAUGGCUAUGCUUGGAUUGGUUGUCCCUUUUUUAAUGUUACCUGAUCUAUUAGCGGAAGUGAAUUGGAAACUUGAAGAUUCUGGUUUUAUCAUUUCGUCAAUUGGUGCAGGAAAUACAUUUGGACGUUUAUUUGCCACCUUCUACAUUGAAAAAGCUUGGUCUACAACCUAUAAAUGGGCUGAUUCAUUGUGGAUGAAUAAUAUCUCUUUAUUGUUAACUAGUGUAACUGUGUUUAUACUCCCGAUUGUAAGACGAUAUUAUGCAGCUUUAGUUUUAAUCUCGUGUGGUUUUGGACUUUUCUCAGCUGUAUUCGUGUCGUUGAAAAGUAUUCUAGUCGUGGAAUUGAUCGGUAUUGAUCGUUUGACUAAUGCAUUUGGCUACUUACUUUUAUUUCAAGGCUUUGCAGCCGCUGUCGGUCCUCCAAUGGCUGGUUAUUUAAGAGAUUUACAAAUAGAUAAAACAUCACCAUUCAGUAUUUCUACAGUGCAUAGUGCACCAACGCAUAACGCAUCAUCUAUGGCUUUUAUAUUUUCUGCUUUUGCUUUAUUUAUCUCCUGUCUUCUUGGCUGUCCUUUACGUUGGUUAUCAAAAAGAGAAUUUUCCAAUAAGCCAAAAUCAUCAUACAGUCCCAUUGAGUUAAUGCCAAAUCAUGUGGACCAUACAAAUUAUAGUUAUGAAUAUAAUACCACUUCACCGACGUUGCCAACAACUGAUCAUGAAUAUUAUAUACAGCAACAACAACUGGGUAAUAUGGUCAGUGAAUAUCAAUCCAUAGACGUGAAUUGUAUGGCACCAGUUGAUCCGACAUCUACUAGCAGACGUGUUGACGUCACUGACAGUCAUUAUGCAGUAAAUCAACCGAUGGUAGUGCCAUCUUCAACUUCAUUGACAGUGAUCGAUGCCUUAAAGUCACAGAAUUCAACCACUGAUCAAUUAUCACCAUCUAUUAUUCCUCAAUCUUCUGUAAAUUGUCUACCGAUAUCGUCCGGUCAUCAUAUGAUUUUUUCAACAGAGCCAACAUCGACAUUAGCUGCCAGUGGUGUUGUCACUGGAUUGUUGGAUAGUAAGACAUUGGAUACUACUGCUAAUACUACUGGUACAACAAUACCUAUGACAGAUGAGUCUGUUUCUUUGGUCAAUGUCGGUGGUUUAAAAUUGCCCGCUGCUGUUAUUCCUGCAUCUGUAGUCGGUGGUGGUGGUACAGUUCCCACUCCAGUAGUAUCAUUAUCACUUCCAGCUCAAUCUGUUGAAGUUUUAGAGGUCAAAGAAGAUCCUGGUUUAGAACCAGUUGUUGAAGAAGAAGAAGAAGAUUAUGAAGAUGAUGAACAAGAUGUCGAUCAAUAUACAAGAGUAAAUCAAUUGGAAUCUGGUACAUUAUUAUUGACAGAACCUAGUACUAAUAUUGAUAGUAGUAUACCAACAUCAGAAUCAAGCUUUAAUCAAGAUACUACUGGUGAUUCAAUGCCAACUAAUGGUUCUUCAUCUUCAUCUCUACGUAAUAUCAAUUCGCGCAAAGAUGGCAUAAAGCAUAAACGUCGUCGAACUUCUAAACCAUUUGAAUUAAAUACGACAAUUGUUGAGGAUAAGUUUACUGUAGAUGUGAUCAGUGAUGUUAAUGUUGAUGAGGAUACUAAUAAUGUGCAAAUAAUUCCUGUUACUACUACGACAACGAUUAUCACUACGUCUACUAGCACUACUACUACUACUUCUGGCACUGGUACUACAAACAGCACAACACCAACUACAAAUGAAGAUAACAAUGAUGCUAAUCUUGAUCACACUUUUGGUAGCGUUGGUGGUAAUAGUAAUAAUAAUAACUGUAAAGAAGAUACUAACUGAGAACGAACUAAUCAUAAAGAUAACAACACUAAUUAAACUAUUUUUAUCUGCUAAAUCUGAUCCAAGAUUUUCUACUCUCUACUAUUUUAUUCCAUAUUACAUGUAUGUAUAUUUGUGUGUUUGUCUACGUCAAAUAAUAAUCAUCUCUGUGUUGUCUGUUGCUUAUAACUAUAAAUAAAUAUGCAUAACUAGUCGAAUAUUCUAUUCAAAAGUAUCACACUUUUAUUUUUCUACUUCUAUCCCACUAUUCCCAGCCUACUCUUAUGUGUGUACUUGCCGAAUUUGCUAUUCUCCAAUAAUAAACACUUAAAUUUCUUUGAGAUAUACGACAGCAUCAAUGUAUUGUGUAUUGACUUUUCUUACUUUGAAAUUUGUAUCAUUUCUAUGUAUUUCUUACGACAGAUACUGGUAAUCUUUCAUCUCAUUAUGUAAAUAACUUAGUCUCUUCAUUUGUCCCCCCUCUAUUUCCCUUCCUUUUCUUAUGGAUUGAUUCAUGUGUAAAUGAUUUUGUAACAUUGGGACUAAUAUGAAUACUAUUAAUUCUGUAUACAUCAUUAUCCUCAUCGUUAAAUCUCACAUUAUUCAUGUAGGUUUUUUUUUUUGACGGUUUCCACUUUCUCUACCAAUUAAUCAUUAUAAUUUUGCUUUUAACUAUAACUCUACCUCUUACGCACAUUAUCAAUUUCUAUUGUAUUAUUGAUUUGUUUGUGCCAUAGUUACCUACUGCUUGUUCAUUUUUAUUCUGGUUCUGUACAUUUACUAUUGAUAAUCAUUAUCAUGAUGAUACUAUCGUUAAGAUGUCUCUUGUUAUUGCUUUCAUUAUUGUUACUACUGCCGCUAUUGCUGACGCCGCCGAUGCCAUCAUCGUGUUUGUUGUUUCUGUGAAAAAGUUUCAUUUACUUAUUACUUUCUUGAUAUUAAGCAUAUUCUAGCAAGUACUUCCACUACUACUACAACCACUAAUCUAUCUUUUCAUUCAUUCUGUUACGUCAUACAAUAUUUAUUUGGUUUUAAUUGAUUUGCUUAUUUAUUGAUUUAUUGACUUAAUGUUAUGUUUUUCACGAAACAAACAAUCGAAUGUCAUUGUUUUGUUCUGUUUGUUGUGUAAUUUGUCAGUGUUUUUUCUUUCUUUCUUUAAAUUUCAUUUCUCGAUGCUGGUCUCACUCACCGUGUGUGUGUGUGUGUGUGUGAAAAUUUGGUGAACUCGUUUGUUUGUUAAAACAAAUUGUUCGAUUUCAAAGAUUUAAACGGAUGUAUACCGGUUUUUUUGUUCGUUGUUGCUACUUGUCUGUUUGUUUUCAAAAAAGUAAAUUACAUAAAACAUCUAAAGUUAACUGAUCCUAAAUAGUGAUUAGCAGUAAAAACAGUUGAUUGAAGUUAAGUGAUUAAGAUAUCUAUGUCCGAUAUACAGUUGAACCGAGUGGUUAGAUCUAACGUGUAGUAUUUUGAUUUGUCAAGUAAAAAUUCAUUUUUAGUCACUAUUCAAUUGUGUUUAGACUAGUAAUAUUAAAUACUUGUCUGAACUGAAAUAGACGGAACAGGAAUUGAACUAACGAAAUCUUAGUUAAGAAUCAUGUGUUACUAAUUGUACACUAACCAUUUAACGAUCAUUGCUAAUAGUAUAACCAUCCUAUUACCGUUCAUUUUCAUGUAAAAACAUGAUAGAUUUCAGGUUAACACCUGAAGUAGGAAGCGGCUUAACAACAAAGUGCUAGUUAUUCAAUAAUAAUCAGUUUAUUCAUUAUCAUUUUCAUGUCUAAUGGUUUGAAGGAUAUCGACUGUUUAGUAAUAAUAACUUUAUAUCCGUAGUUUAUCCAUAGCGAGUUGGUAUUGUCACUCUACACCUUACCUUGUGUAGUAAGUUCAAAUAGGA